CGUUUACCAAAAUGAAGGUGAUUAAUGUUUGGUUACUGUUCAUCAUUACCAUUGUGUUCAUAGUUCUCGUUCAUUCUGAUGAUCAUUCGUUCAAAUUACCAGAAUCGGAACCUUUAGUCUACCACAGAAAAUGCUACAAAAUAGUGCAAACUAGUGAACAAGUUAUCACAAAACAAAUGCUGUCUGAUCAGGCAGCCACUGAACAUACAAAUACAGAUGAAAUGACUACUGAGAAUACAAACGAUGAAAAAAGUGUGAAAGAAGAGACGGCCAAUGAACAACUGAACACAACAGAGUCGACUCCUGAACAAACGACCAAAGAGGGAGAAACCACUGAGAAAACGACUACUGCAGAAGAUCAAUAUGAUUAUGAGUUCGGGGAACCUGAUGUGAACUAAUUCAUAGAUGUGUCAGCUGUUUAAAUGGGAGAUAUUGCAAACGAAAAAAACACAUAUGAUCGUUGAUUGUCUGUAAUCUAUUUUGCUUUACUUUAUGAUUUUAAUAUAUAACUUUAAAA